GUUGACUUGAAAACAACUUUCUUGUGUUAAUAAUUGCCAAUUUUAAUCGAGACUUUCGAUUCACGAAUAAAGGCAAUAUGUAUCGUAACGCAGUUAUCAUUUAGCGAUUGAUACGAAUUUGGAUAAACUUUUCGGGGCAGGAAUAGCAAACGCAGCUAAUAUUAAGUCAAGGAAAUAUUUGAAUCAAGGAACAUUUUCAAGAAAUUAAUAAUAUUAUUAGGUGAUUGUGUAUCACUUCAUAGCUAGAACUGUUAAAAAUAUAUCCGCCAGAUGCUUGACAUUUAUGACUUUGGCCAACUUCAUCAAUCAGUCAAGUGCUAAAUCACAGCUGUUUUGUUCUGAACAUCUGAAUUUUGGAGUUUUCUUUAGUCACCUUAAACUGUUCAAUAUUAAACGUACAGAAUUUUCAGCCAUUUAUUCUAAUCAAGGUCAAAUUUGUCGUGCAUUAAUAGCGUAAGAGAUUAUUUUUAUCAGCGACAUGAAAUUGUCAUCUACCCCAGAGGCUGAAAGUCCCUCAGAAGAAGCAGUGAAAACCGUGGGUUGCGCUCAUUAUAAAAGAAAAUCCAAAUUUGUGACACCCUGUUGCCAGAAAGUCUACACUUGCCGCUUUUGUCAUGAUGAAAAUGAAAAUCACACCAUGAAUAGAAAAGAAGUGACUGAGCUGAUUUGCACUGUCUGCUACAUCAGGCAGCCUGUGAAAGCUGACUGUGAAAAUUGCGGCGUCCGUUUCGGAAAGUACGUGUGCCUGGAGUGCAAUUUAUUUGAUGACGAAGAGAAAAACCAGUUUCACUGUCAAGGCUGCGGCAUUUGCAGAAUAGGCGGUGCUGAACGAUUUUUUCACUGCAAAAAAUGCAACAUGUGUUUGCCGGUGCAACUUCAAAACGGCCACAAGUGUGUAGAAAAUGUAUCGCGAUCAAACUGUCCAGUCUGCUUGGAGGAUAUCCAUACUUCCCGCAUACCGUGCCACAUUCCAAUGUGUGGACACCUUCUGCAUAGGACCUGCUUCGAGCAGCUUCUACAAGCCGGACAUUAUGCCUGCCCCAUUUGCCAAACUUCCUUGAUGGAUAUGACGCAGCUUUGGAAAUAUUUGGAUCAGCAAGUGGCGGACACCCUUAUGCCUCCGGAAUAUAAAGAUUACAUGGUUUAUAUUUUGUGCAAGGAUUGUCACAAGAAAAGCAUGGUCCCAUUUCAUGUGGUAGGUUUUAAAUGUUGCCACUGUGGCUCCUAUAACACUUGCCGUAUUAAAGGGCCGGUAAAUCCUACAGGCGCGCUAGAUAAUCAACCGGCUAAUGGGGAAGGAAGUAAUGCUGCUAAUAACAACGAUCAACCAGAAGAAAAUGGCAAUAUGCAGGAACUUCGAGAUAGGUUGGCACAGUAGCAUUUGGUUUCCUUGUCGUUAGUCACAUUUCUUUUGUGCUCAUUUGUGAUCUUCCUAUUGCUGAUGUGUUUUAAGCCAUUCGAAAACCUUGUUGAUUUUUGAAACUUGACAUUUUGAAGUCAGGUAAGUGGAAAUUUGAGCACUGCAAAAACCGCUUUCGAAGCAGAAAGUAGUAUUCACUUUAUAACGUAUUUAAACUGACUCCGAUCUACUGUGCCAAUGGAUAUUAAGCUAGUUUGUAGAUCGAUUGAAACAAAUACUAAUUCAGAUUUAUGAGAUUAUGUAAAAGAACACAGCAUUUUGUUUACAAAAGUGCUUCUUAUUGAAGAAUAUUAUGAACGAAGCUGUACUUUUAUUCGGCAGCUUUAAUCUGGUAAACACCAGAGCCGACGAACUGAUAUUUUUAGACGCUAUGUACAUAGAAUUUAAAGACCGGUUUGUUCUAUUAUUAUAUGUGUAAGUUUAUAAUUUUUGCAGCUUAUAUGGAUGUCGUAGAAGUAGGACUGAUUUAAAUCAUAAUCUAAUCGCUAUUACAACUGAUCACUUUCACUUCUUGAGUUAUUGUGAAAAUACAUAUGCAGAUACACUUACUACGGAUAGGAAAUUUUUCUAAUCUUAGAAAUUUGCUAGCGUUUUGUAGAUGACCUAAGUUUCACUUUCAUCAAUAUAUUUGUAGAUUUUUUACUUUUGUGUACAUCUUGAUGUGAGAAAUCUCAGUUUAAUAAAUGGUGGAGCGCA